AUGCUUAUCCUCUACUACGACGGGCUACUCCGACGAGACGGAGAAGUCGCCGACGACGAUGACGACGGUGAUGAUGAUGAUGAUGCCUACGAGAAGUGGUGGGCUGAGUCACUCGAAUCACUCAGACAGAUUCGAAAGCGCGCCGUGGUCAGGCAAAACAAAGCCCCAACCGCGCUCGUGGUGAUUUCUCAACCGCCACGGGUGGACAUCAAAGAGCUCAAGAGUUACUCGUACGAUGAAAGUGCCGGCACCGGCGUUACCGUCUACGUUGUUGACCACGGAUACUACACCAGGAAUAGCGAAUACACCCGCAUGGCCGUCCCACCCCGCUGGAUAUUCGCGGGUUCACAGAGCCAGAAACAAGUCAGAGAGGAUCUCCAUCGUCACGGACACGGCAGUUGCGUUGGAUCCAAGGUCAACGGCCCCAAGUACGGGACCGCAAAGAAUGUCAAUCUCGUUAUUGUCAAAGCCGCUACCGUUGCUUGGGAGACCGACGACGCUCUGAAAAAGGUCUUGGAAGAUGUUAAACGCAGGAAGCUGCAGGGCAAAGCAGUCAUCAGCCUCGCGCGAGGUCGCCACGAUGAGGCGGCCUCGGAAGAGCUUAAGAAACUCACGAAUGAGCUUAUUCGAAAUGACGUCGUCAUUAUUACGUCGUCCGGAAACGACUUCCGUGACGCAGUGGAGCGAGGAUCGAUUCCCGCGAGAGAAAUCAAUCAUUGGCCAGCUUUGAUGGCUGGCCAAGGCGUCCCAAUAAUCAACGUCGGAGCCGUCGACAACACGGGCAAAAAUGCCAGCUUCUCCCAGGGAGGACCUCUGGUUCACGUCAUGGCGCCUGGUGUUGGGGUCCGGUGCGCGUCCAAUUCCUUCUUCUUCCGCUCGCAGAGGGUGGACGGCACGUCUUUUGCCUCACCGGCCGUGGCAGGUCUUGCAGCCUAUCUUCUCGCGCUCGGCGAACACCCGGAACUGCGCCAGACUGGAAGGGUAGCCGCCAACAUGAAGAAACUCCUCAUAGAAAUGUCCUACCGGCGAUCUACCGGCGGCGGCUUGGUAGUCUACAACGGUCAGGCUGCCGCCCGCAGCCAGUUCCGGGGCGCCAAGGGCAGUCAGUAG